AUGCCCGCCCGACCUCCUUCUCUUCCCCUGCGGUCUCGCUGCCUUCUUCGCUCGCCACAGCAUCGCCAACCCUUCUCGACGCAGAGCUCGCUCCGUAGCGCUCAUGGUGACCACUACGACCCUCCAACCGGAUGGCUUUGGGGAGUAAAGCCCGGCCAUAAAUACGUCAAGGAGGGAUGGGAAGGCCUGUGGACGUAUGGGUUUGUCGGUAGCCUGCUUCUUGCUGGCGUCGUGUAUUCUUUCAAACCUGAUACUUCGAUACAAACGUGGGCGCUCGAAGAAGCUAGAAGGCGACUCGAGAGGGAAGGCAUCCUUGAAGACUCCGACGUUGCCCAAAAGAAAUAA